AUACCCACCUCUCCCAAUCUCAUCCACAAUCAUGUCUACUCGCAAGAGGAAGCAAGAUGCCGAGGAGGAGCUCCAGGCUCUCCCAAGCGACGGAAGUGAUGAGGAAGAAGAAUAUGAAGAGUCGGAUGCCUCUGCGUUUGACGAAGAAGAAGAUGAUGAUGAUGAUUCUGGCGAGGAGGCUCCUCCACCAAAGAAGAAGACUCGUGUCACCGACCCCAAGGAUGAAGAUGACGAGGAAGACGAGGAUGAGGUUGAGGGAGCAGACGAUGACGACGAUGCUGAAGCAGACGAGCCUGAAGUAGAAGAUGAGGACGAAGACGCCAACCCUAGUGGUACGAAGCCUCCAGGUGCCGAAAAGGACCGCAAAGUCAAGCAGACAGAGGCCGAUGCGGCAGUGCCCGUCGUAGCCGAUGACGACGGCGAUGAUGACGACGAAGAGGACUGAGCGGUGGUGGAGCCUGAGGGCAAUUGCGUCUGUUUUGGAGAGUUCAAGUACCUAGGUACCAACCAUGUCAUAGCAAUAUCAUACAUAGGUGAUUCGCCGCCGGAAUGGGGUGUGGCACAGGCGCGCAAUGUAAAACAUGUCUCGAAGCUUGCUGUGCGUGUGUUCUCGACGCUCAAGUGCAAUCGACUUGGUGGCUUUUUGGAAGAAGGCGGCUGUGGACC